GCUGUGUUUAAUUGUGGGUCUCACUGUGUGUGUUUUGUGUUGUUUUCUAACAGAAUCAGUGACCUGCUCGGCUCUGUGUUUACAAUCUCGCACCUGUGCCCGGAUCACAGCUCACUGCGCAUCGGAGCCGCUAAUUAAGUCGCGCAGCCGCCACUUAAUGUUCACAUAGUUCCAAAUAACUAUAAUUACAUCCCGUUGUUUUUUUUUUGUUUUGUUUUGUUUUUUUUUUGUUUGUUUAACGUGCUCGCCUUGUUUUCAUUGCAGUCUGGUUACCAUAACAGCAGCGUGAAGCCGCGUUGCUUUGCAGUGAUUUUUUUUUUCUUCUUUUCUCUCAGGUUCCUCUUCUCUUUGCGCCUGAACAGCGCCUCUUAGCUGCGCCCAAAUCUCGGCGCCGAGCGACUCCUUCCUCGUUUUUUUUUUUUCGGACUUGCCUUGUAUAGUCAACAACACCGUCUGCCUCUAAACAAACCCACCGCUGUCACACGCAAGCGUGAAAAUCUGACGUGAUGCUGCCGCCGCCGCCACCGUCCCAUUCAGCCGCUCGUCGGGAUCCUCCCUUCACACAGUCGUGCGUAUGCGCCUGGAACCAAACAACGGCAUUGUCGGAGCGGCGUUUAAACGAGCAGUUAACGAGAGGAAUCAAUCAAUAGGCAACGUGAUCCGGAUUGAUUUCCUGCGGCAAUGUAAAGAUGGCGAGAGUGCUCCACAACUUGCUGUUAUUUCUCAUCAGACUUGCGCUGAAAAUCCGAGUUGUGGGGUACUGGUCAUUGAUCUACGCUUAUUGUGCUCUGUGCUCCGUCGUGGCGCUGCUGAAACUUUGGUGGAACAUCGUGCUGAGGCCGACAACAACCUUCCAAUGGGUGAUCCGUGAAACUCCCCCGGCUUGUCUGAAUGACACGUCCUUGGGAACCCACUGUUAUGUUCGGAUCAAGGAGUCUGGCCUUAGGUUCCACUAUGUUGCAGCUGGAGAGAGAGGAAAGCCACUCAUGCUGUUUUUGCACGGCUUCCCCGAGUUCUGGUUCUCCUGGCGCUACCAGCUGCGUGAGUUCAAGAGUGAAUUCCGUGUGGUGGCCAUCGACAUGCGAGGCUAUGGGGAGUCCGACCUGCCGCUCUCCUCUGAAAGUUACCGCUUCGAUUACCUGGUCACCGAUGUCAAGGAUAUUGUGGAGUAUCUAGGGUACAACAGAUGCUGCCUUGUUGGCCACGACUGGGGCGGGACCAUAGCGUGGCUGUUUGCCAUUCACUACCCCGAGAUGGUGACAAAACUCAUCGUCCUCAACUGUCCCCAUCCGUCUGUAUUCGCAGAUUAUGCUCUGCGUCACCCGAGCCAGCUGCUGAAAUCCAGUCACUUCUUUUUCUUCCAGCUGCCCCGCUUCCCGGAGCUCAUGCUCUCCAUCAAUGAUUUCAAGGCUCUGAAGGCUUUGUUCACCAGCCGCAACACAGGGAUUGGAAGGAAGGGCCGAUGGCUCACUGCAGAGGACUUGGAGGCCUAUCUGUAUGCACUGUCACAGCCCGGAGCUCUAACGGGGGCCCUCAACUACUACAGGAAUGUCUUCAGCUCCCUCCCCCUGAGCCACAACCAUGUCAGGUCUCCGGUGCUGCUGCUGUGGGGAGAGCGGGAUGCAUUCUUGGAGCAGGAGAUGGCCGAGGCCUGUCGCCUCUACAUUAGGAACCAUUUCCGUCUGAACAUCAUUUCUGGUGCCAGUCACUGGCUGCAGCAGGACCAGCCCGACAUCGUCAACACCCUCAUAUGGACCUUCCUCAAGGAGGGAGAGGGACGUAAAAGCUACAGGAACUAAAUCCACAGCGAGGCCUCCUCCAGCACCCCCUCCCCCCUCACUUGCCACUCCCAGAAGCCUGGAAUAUGCCUGUGAUACCAAGCGACAUAGUGAUAAUGCAAUCAUUCUUUAAAUCUUUCACAUUUCAGAUAUUUUUUUAAAGAAGUCAGCAGUAGAGGAAAGAAUCAAAGCACACUUCACUGGAGAGGACACUGAACAAAACGCGUGACACAUAUUCAAGAUGUUUUUUGCACAUGACAUCCGCCUUAAAGCUUGUUGGUUACAGCAUUACAAAUGUGUGGCAGAAUCUCCUUGUGACUUGUAUUGUGUGGUGCCUUUUAACUUCCGAGUUGUCGCGGUGUAAAGAUGUCCUGAGAGGUUGGGAUGUGGCGUCGUCUGCUAUACUUGUGUGUUUCACUGGGUCGCUCCACUCUACUUUGGGCACAGUCCUUUGGGAGCCAUAACUCUCCCGCUCCCUUUAUCAGGUAGUGUUGUCAGAAGGAGUUUUCUUUUUUUCUAUUUUUUCCUCAAAGAUACUUGCUCAAAUGUAGAGAAUGUUGUUAUCUUCCUGUAUAGAAGUGUAAGUGAUGGUUGACUAUUGUACUAUUUUGUAUCUCUUCCUACACACUGCAUUUUGAAAUUCACUGAGCCAGGUCUACACCAAUUGAUUUUAUAAAUAAACUGAGUAAGUGUCAAUCUGU